AUGGCACAACCACCGGAGCCGGCAGCCGAGAUAAUCCUAAGAACAUUGAAUGGAGAGAUUACAUAUGAGGAGGCCGCUGAUCAGGAGACCAAUGUCCUGCCGGAGCUGACAUAUUGGCGGAGGAUGGACGACUUCGGUAGCUAUCUCCUUGCCCACAAAAAGGAGAUUGAAGAUAUCGUAUCACGCUACUUGCGUCUCGACGGCGCCGAGAAAUGCUGUCUCUCACCUCCUCCUGAGUGGAACUAUGGUAGCUUCAAUCUGUGCUUGCCUGCUUCUAUUAUCAACUGGAAGAAGCGCCCUGGGGGGAGGGUAAUGAUUCGCUUUCCGCUCCCUUUCAAAGUUGGUGAAUCGGACUUUCCGGGCAACUCUGACGAGAAGCUUCGUUCUGAAGUGGCUACCUAUUCCUGGAUUGGAAAGAAUUGUCCGGAAGUUCCUCUACCCUGUCUUUGGGGAUUUGCAUUCGCUGGUGGUCCUAGUUUUGCUGCGUUGGAUACCGCUCCAUUCCUCUCUCGAUUUUUCGAAAAACUUCGACGCCAAAUUUGGUCUCUGCUUGGUUACGCAGUACCAUGCCAAUAUGUGCAGUUAAACUCUCCCUAUAAUCUCAACACAGGGCAUAUGGUCAUUGAUUACAUUGAACCUGCUGAUGCGGAGAUGCUCUCUUCAACGUGGGAAACGAAGCGACACGAUGAGCGUGCAAGAGCCAAUUUAUUUCGUGGCCUUUCACGCAUCAUGCUCGCGCUCGGAAAAGUUCCAUUGCAACGUAUUGGGUCUUUUACUAUGGACAACCAGGGAGUUAUUAGUCUCACGAAUCGACCGCUUAGGCUUCAGCUACAUCAACUGGAGAACGAGGGUAUCCCGACGAAUAUCAGCAGAAACACCACCUAUACCUCCAUAGAACCAUUCUUGCACGACAUUCUAGCUUGUCAUGACAGUCGUUUACGACAUCAGCUGAACGCCGCGAAUGAUGAGGCUGAUUGCAAAGCGCAGAUGGCAGUUUUAAGCGCUUUCCGAACAAUCCUCCCACUUUUUGUACGCCGAGAUUUACGUUCCGGACCAUAUAUACUAACUCUGACCGAUAUUCAUGCGAGCAAUAUCUUCGUUGAUACGGAAUGGAACAUCAAAUAUCUAAUCGACCUGGAAUGGGCCUGUUCACUACCACUAGAAAUGCUACAUCCGCCGUCGUGGUUAUCAGAUGAACCUUUUGAGAGACUGUCCCCUCAGUUUGACGAGUUAUAUCAGGAGUUUAUAGACAUCUUCAAGGGAGAGGAGGCCCUUUAUUUCUCACCGUCACAACACCAGCGAGGACCACAGUUUUUCACGGAAACUAUGAGACAGGGAUGGGAAGCUGGAAAUUUCUUCUACUUUCUUGGACUAGAGAGUGUUACUGGACUAUAUUUCAUCUUCCAACGACGCAUUCGACCUCGAUUCGACACCUCUAAUGAAUUUCCCGAUGAAGCUCUUUCUGCGUAUUGGGGGCAAGGCAGUGAGCAAUUUAUUGCCGGCAAAGUCCAACAAAAAAAGGAAUAUGACGAGAAACUCAGGCAGGCGUUUAAGAGUGAGGAUGCCUGA